AUGUAUCGUCGCAGUCGUCGUUUAUUAUAUAGUUAUAUUUUUCGAUUAAAUUCAUAUCGAGUUUUACGAAAUAGUUUUAUUUUAAUAGUUUUUUUAUUUUUAAUUUUUCAAUAUUUAUGGAUAAAAUUAUUCUCUGAAAAUCAUAUUGCAUCACCAAAUGCAACUCGUCUAUAUCAAAAUUUACCAUUAAUAAUAAAUCUUCGUCCAUUUUCUGUUUGUCAUCCACAAGAAUUAUAUUUAGAAAAUGUAACAUUACAAUAUCAUCAUAGAUAUCCUGAUAAGCAAAAACAAGUAUGCUUUCUUGUUGAACAUAUCGAUGGUGGACCAUGGUGGUCAUAUGUAACACAUGAAUUUGCUGAAAUCCUUACUAAUUUACAACAAAUUGGAGUUAAAUCAAAUAUAGUAUAUCGACCAUUUCUUAAACCAGUACAUAUCAAUCGUAAAACAAAUUUAAUAAAAUUAUUUUUAAAUGCUUGUGAUAUGGAUGAAAAUCUUUCAAUAGAAAAUCAAAUGCCAAUAAUAGUUCUUCUUUGGGAUCUAGCUCAUCCUGUAUGGCAUCAAUUACGUGAACAAGUGAAAUAUUUGUUAAAUAGAACUCGAAUACGUCUAAUGGCUUUUGUAGAUGAUCUUCAUUUUGUAAACAAAGGAAUGUGGCAUAGUAGAGAAUAUCUUUUUCAAUCUAUUGCAUCAGAAAUUUUUUCAACAUAUCCAUAUCUUUUUGAUAAUUAUUAUACUAAUAUAUUAUCAACAAAAAUUACUUGGUUACCACAUGCAGCUUCAACAUUAUCAUAUCUUUCAAUAAAUAAAUCAGCUGAAAAUGUUCUUUUUGUCUCAGGUGCAAAUCUCAUAGAAUGGUAUCCAUGUCGUGCUCGUGCAUUUGAACUUUGUGAUACUCGAGAAGAUUUAGUAUCUUGUUUAGAACAUCCUGGUUAUGGUAAAACAAUGAAAAAUGAUAGUUCAUUUUAUUAUGGUGGUGACAGAUAUUUUUCAUAUAUGAGAAAAUAUGUAUUUGGUCUGGGUACAUGUCAAUCAGUUCAAUAUGCUAUAGCAAAAUUAUUUGAAAUACCAGCUAAUGGUCUUGCACUUGUAACAACAAAUGAUUUAGUAGAUAUACUUAAGCAUCUUCAUCUUUAUCCUAAUGAACAUUUUUUAACAAUUGAUUGUUCAUCAACGGAAAACUUAACUAAUGAAUUAGUUCGUAUACAAAAUAUGUCAAAAGAAAGAAUAUUUCAAAUCAGAAGAAAUAGUCAAAGAGUAAUUCACGAACGUCAUUUAACAAAACAUCGUGCUGCAUUAUUACAUGUUCGUUUAUUAUCUCAAGCAUUAAUUGCUUCCUCAACUUCUAAUAGUGAACGUAUGCUAUGGGAACAAUGGGGGCGUAAUUGCCAUUAG